UCAUGAGGAAGUGAGACGUACCAGUGCGCCGCCAUGCGGACAACGGCGGCAGCGGCGCCUCUCGUAGUCGCCGCUGCCUCGUCUUUCCUACUAGUCCUGCUCACCACACUACCGCAGGACGCUUCCACUGCCCUGAAUCCUCUGGUCCAACAAAACCUGACCUUCGGUGCCAUCUUUCCCGACACAUCGCUGCUGAGCCAGCAGCGCAAGUAUCAGCAGAAGCUUCGAGAUGGCAUGUCCCUCAUGACCAAAGGACGGACAUCGGGACUUCGCUUCAUGCAGCUCUUCUCCGUUCAGGCCAAGGCGGUGCGCAUGUCUCUACAACCAACGCCCAAGGACAUCUUGCGGCGCCUCUGCGAAGACCUCCUUCCGGAUGACGUGGUGGCUGUCCUGUACCUCACCAACUCAGCCGUCUUCGGCAGCAACGCGGCCUCGGUGCAAUACGUGCUUCAGCUUCUUGGGUACCUGGGCGUCCCAGUAAUCGCCUGGAACGCCGACAACAUUGGCCUAGAUCAGCGGGUGUCGCAGGCCCGAGUGUUGCAGCUGGCGCCAUCAGUGGUGCAUCAGGUGGCCGCCAUCUUCGCCAUCCUAGAGCGCUACGCCUGGUACCAGUUCGCCGUGGUCACCACCCAGCUGGGCGGGCACGAAGACUUCGUCAGGGCUGUCCGAGACAGGCAGCUGGAGAGCAGCGGCCUAAGGGCCAAGUGA